UUAUCUAAUAAUAUCUAAUCAAAUACCUUAAUCUAAUAUGGUUUGCCUUGGUUAGGUAUUUAGGUACUGAAUGUUUGGUUCGGUAGUCGAGAUGAAUUAGGCUAGGCUAUAAGAUACUCUGUUAUUGAAGAGCUAACGCUUGUUACAUCUCACUCUUAUAUCCAAACUUAUGGGGAUGUUUACAUAUUUACUAUCUCGUAGUUUAGUAUUUUUAUGUGGUGUAUAAGAUGUUAAUAUAAAUAGCCGGUGGAUUUUGAGACGCCAUAGAUUGACGCUUGAAAAAAUGGUAACCUAGCUAGCUUAGGUGGUUAAAGAAACUUGAUCGGACUUCCACAGAAGAAUGGGCCCAGUUUCCAAGGAACUUUAAAAAGGGACACUUGAUCUUAUAAAAUAUGGCUUUGUCUGAGCUAAUGGUAGUCCUCGAUGUCCCGUUAACGUCGUCUUCGCAUCGGCACAAGGCUACGACGUCGAGCCGAUGGAGAAGGUCGCAGAUCCCCCUCAACAUGAACCAUUACGCCAAUAAGAAGAGCGCAGCGGAGAGCAUGCUGGACGUGGCCCUGUUGAUGGCCAACGCAUCACAGCUGAAGGCCGUGCUGGAGCAGGGCCCUGCGUUCUCCUUCUACACCAUCCUCAUCACCCUCAUCAGCAUCUCUCUCAUCCUGCAGGUACUCGUCGGAGUGCUGCUUAUCUUCAUAGUGAAGUGGAACCUGAAUGAUGAAAGUAAACACCACAAGCUGAACAUUAUGGAGAACAUCUCCACAGCCCUUGUCUUCAUCAUCGUUGUCGUAAACGUUUUCAUCACAGCAUUUGGCGUACAGAGGCCGCAGACCAGUGCUUGAUUGACCAGGAACAAUGCCCCCCCGCCCCAGAACCUCUCUGCACCCAGAAGAGCUGCAUCACACCUGCUGCACCUUCUGUCAGACCAGCUCAUUGUGAAUCCACCCAGUCACAGGGCUCCCCAAUGUUACAGAGGUUCAGACUUUCUUUUCAAGCAACAUAGCCGUUUUGUGCUAAAGUUAUAUGCAUGUAAAGACCAGAAAAGUCACAUCUUCACUUUUUAACUCAAAUGGACUUUUUCUGUUACAAGACAUUUAGUUUAAAUGACUCCAUAUUUUUGGGGGGGCAGGAAGUAGAACCCCUCUUAGAAUCUCAAUUAUGGGCACACACAAAAAUAAAUUACUGUAUGCACUUGUAUGAAAUGUGUGUAGAAUGGAUGCCUACCUCUAUUCACUGAGCACUUCCACCCUGCAAAUUAAUUCCAGUUCAUUCCACUAAGCUUUAGUUCUUUAGGAGAAUCAGAAUGAGAAGCAUGAUGGAAUGGCAGAUUCCUUCUGCAGUAAGUUUUCCAGGUGUAGUGAUGGCUAAUGUAUAUUUUGCUCAUCUUUGUGUAUCUAUAUGUCUCAAACCUGGCACACGUACAGAAGGAAUGUCAAAGUCUGGUUCUACAGGUCCAGAGUCCAGCACACAUUUUGGUGAUUUCCCUGCUCAAAACACCUGGCUAACUCAUCAGGAGGUGCAGUUGAUCCUGGAAAAAAAAUUAAAAUCACCAAAAUGUGCUGGAAUUCACUACAUCUGAUAUUAAGGAUAAACUUUCCUAUAUUAAAGACAGAAUGGAAUAUGUCAAAAGCUUGGAAAGAUAAUUUUAGCAGACAUUCAGGGAAGUACUGUGCUCUGACCCUUUGGAGACAGGGCAGAUCUGAAGGUGGCUGUGGGAUAUUACAACAGACUGAUACUGUACCAUCACAGUUGGAGGCCCCCACUGGGAAAAAGCUUAACAUAAAUCUCUAAUAAGGAAAAAAUAAUGCUUAUUGCUUUUACUUCAAUAUGUCUGCGCAAUAAUAUUUAGCUCCAACUGUGGGUUUGUGUUUAUUAAUGCUUUUGUGUGUCUUUGUUUUUUUGUUUUUUUUUUUUGCAUUUAUGUCUUUGUAAGUCAUCACUGUGGACCACAUAAAAGAUUUCUUUUAAUAUUAUGGAUUAGUACUGCUGUAGUGUUAUGUACAAAGAUUAAAAUGAAAUGAAAACAA